AUGGAACUGGAGAAAGCCCCUACUCUCCACGAGGAAGACUCCAAAGUUACCCUCACUAUCAGACUGAUUAUGCAGGGGAAGGAAGUUGGCAGUAUUAUUGGCAAAAAAGGAGAGAUUGUUAAACGGUUUAGAGAAGAAUCUGGAGCGAAAAUCAAUAUAUCAGAUGGAUCAUGCCCAGAACGCAUUGUCACUGUUACUGGCAACACAAGUGCUAUAUUCAAAGCAUUCACACUUAUUUGCAAGAAAUUUGAAGAGUGGUGCUCGCAGUUCAAUGAAGGCGGCGGCGGUGGAUCACGCGCACCCAUCACACUUCGGCUCAUCGUGCCUGCAUCACAGUGCGGUUCGCUUAUUGGCAAGGGUGGAUCCAAAAUCAAAGAAAUUCGUGAUGUCACCGGUGCAAACAUUCAGGUGGCAAGCGAAAUGUUGCCUAACUCGACAGAGCGAGCAGUGACAAUCAGUGGUACCUGCGAUGCAAUCACACAAUGCAUUUACCACAUUUGCUGCGUCAUGCUAGAGAGCCCACCAAAAGGAGCUACAAUCCCCUACAGGCCAAAACCAAAUGUAGCUGGUCCUGUGAUUCUAGCUGGAGGACAGGCAUACACUAUUCAAGGAAAUUACGCUGUUCCAGCACAAGAUAUGGGAGGACUGGCCAAAUCACCUCUAGCUGGCUUAGCUGCGUUGGGUCUCGGAGGUCUUGGGCCGGCUAAUGCCGCUGGCCUUAACCCUGCAGCGUUAGCAGCAUUGGCGGGUUCACAACUGCGCACUUCUAACCAGUCGCGCAACCAGCCCGCUUCUAACCAACAGUCUCAUGAGAUGACCGUUCCAAAUGAGCUUAUUGGGUGCAUCAUUGGCAAGGGCGGCACUAAAAUUGCUGAAAUUCGACAAAUUUCCGGCGCCAUGAUCCGGAUAUCUAAUUGUGAGGAACGCGAGGGCGGCAGCACUGACCGCACCAUCACCAUUUCUGGCAACCCCGACUCCGUGGCACUCGCCCAAUAUCUCAUCAACAUGAGUGUGGAGCUUCAGAAGGCGAAUCUGGAGGGUAGCUCGGGCUCGGGCGGGAGCGCGGGCUCGUCGGGGGCCAGCCCGCUGGCGUCCGCCAUCCCGCUCGCCCAGCUGCUGAGCAAGUCGGGUGCGCUGGGCGCGCUCAGCUCGCUGUCGGCGCUGGGCGGGCUCACCGACCUGCUCAGCGGCUCGGCGCAGCCCGUGCAGACCACGGGCGUGCACCGCAACCACAAGUCCUUCAGCCAGCGCCGCCAGGACGACGACGCGCCCGCCAAGACUUCCAAGGAAAGGAACAAGUACAACCCGUACUAG